CCGGUUUAGAGUAAACGUUGUGGGUCACUGCCACUUUAAUGCAAUUUAUUUUUGUGUUAAAAACUGGCGAGUCACGUGAGAAUCAUGGACCGUCUCCUGCUGGUCACAAAAAACAAGCUAGAGGAAGUUACAGGCUUUCAAAUACAAAUAUGUCAAAAGCUUCCGUAUUCAAACUGACAGUUUAGUGUCGUUUUAUUUUUUUAGAUUGAAGGAUAACAUAUUCUUUUAUCCGGUAACGUGUAAUCAAUGCGGGAUUUUAUUAACAAACAUUACAGUAUGCGAUGGUGUGAGUAGGGACUCCAUGGAUGACAGGCGAUCCUCAGCGGAACGGACCUGAGAACAGAGCCGGGCAAAGAUACCUCAGACUCGGCUGCCCCCAGUCCUCCGGUACGGCUAGUUCCUUAAGUUAUAUAAAACCUGAACUAGCUGUUGUGAAAUCAGACUGACGACAUUGUUCCCUAGUAAAAGGAUACAUCACAUUACGGAAUUAAUAUAUAUUUACUAAACAGCAGAACUGAGGUUCCGGGAUCCUGUGGAUCGAUAUUUGAUCCCCGGAGAAGAGGGGUUCCAGGAGUCGUGCAGCGCUGCUUGUUGUUUUUUCCAGCCGGGAGAAACGCACAGCAGCAGGGAUGCACGACGCGUUCGAGUCGGUGCCGAUCCUGGAGAAGCUGCCACUGCAGAUAGACUGCAUGGCGGCCUGGGAGGACUGGCUUCUUGUCGGGACCAAACCAGGACAUCUCCUCCUCUAUAGAAUUAAGAAGGAUCCAAGCAGUAACAGGUUUGAAGUGACACUGGAAAAAUCCAACAAAAAUUUCUCCAAGAAAAUUCAGCAGCUGUACGUGGUGUCCCAGUUUAAAAUCCUUGUCAGUCUGCUAGAAAACAAUAUCCACGUCCACGACCUGCUGACUUUCCAGCAGAUCACUGUCAUCGCCAAGGCUAGAGGGGCCACUCUGUUUGCAUGUGACCUCCAGCACUCCAGUUCAGGAGAGGCGAAGCUGAGGAUGUGUGUUGCUGUGAAGAAGAAGCUGCAGCUCUAUUACUGGAAGGACAGAGAGUUCCAUGAACUCCAGGGGGAUUUCGCGGCCCCAGACGUCCCCAAAUCCAUGGCCUGGUGUGAGAACUCCAUCUGUGUGGGGUUCAAACGGGACUACUACCUCAUUCGGAUGGAUGGGCGGGGCUCUAUCAAGGAGCUGUUCCCCACAGGGAAGCAGCUGGAGCCCCUGGUUGCCCCACUGGCUGAUGGGAAGGUGGCGGUUGGGCAGGAUGACCUGACAGUAGUGCUCAAUGAAGAAGGAGUCUGCACUCAGAAAUGUGCUCUGAACUGGACUGAUAUCCCGAUUGCAAUGGAGCACCAGCCCCCCUAUAUAAUCGCAGUGCUGCCUCGCUACGUUGAGAUCCGCACCUUUGAGCCUCGGUUACUGGUGCAGAGCGUGGAGCUGCAGAGACCUCGCUUCAUCUCCUCCGCGGGCCCCAACAUAGUUUACGUCGCCAGUAACCACUUUGUGUGGCGGCUGGUUCCUGUCUCUAUAGCAACACAGAUCCGGCAGCUUCUUCAGGAUAAGCAGUUUGAAUUGGCUCUCCAGCUGGCAAUGAAGGAUGAUUCCGAUGGAGACAAGAGGCAGCAAAUCCACCACAUCCAGAACCUGUAUGCCUUCAACCUGUUCUGUCAGAAACGCUUCGACGACUCCAUGCAGGUCUUCUCCAAGCUGGGCACAGAUCCCACUCACGUGAUUGGGCUGUACCCAGACCUGCUGCCCUCCGACUACAGGAAGCAGCUGCACUACCCUAACCCCCUACCCAGCCUGUCGGGCGCAGAACUGGAGAAGGCAAACCUGGCACUCAUCGACUACCUGACCCAGAAACGGAGUCACCUGGUGAAGAAGCUGAAUGAUGCGGACCCCUCGCCCACCUCUCCUCUCAUGGAGGGGAUUCCCAUCAUCAAGUCCCGCAAGAAACUCCUGCAGAUCAUUGACACCACGCUGCUCAAGUGCUACCUGCAUACCAACGUAGCCCUGGUGGCACCGCUGCUGCGCCUGGAGAACAACCACUGCCACAUCGAGGAGAGCGAGUACGUGCUGAAGAAGGCUCACAAGUACAGCGAGCUCAUCAUCCUGUACGAUAAGAAGGGGCUGCAUGAGAAAGGCUUGCAGGUGCUGCUGGAUCAGUCCACGAAGGCUAACUCCCCCCUCAAGGGCCAUGAGAGGACGGUGCAAUACCUGCAGAGACUGGGGGUGGAGAACUUGGGAAUCAUUUUCGAGUUCGCUCCCUGGGUGCUGAAAAUAUGUCCUGAAGAUGGACUGAAGAUCUUCACUGAAGACCUCACGGAGGUGGAGACUCUGCCGAGAAAGGAGGUCCUGUCCUUCCUCAAGGAGGGCUUCAAGGAGCUGGCCAUCCCAUACCUGGAGCACAUUAUUCUGGUGUGGGACGAGGUGGGAUCAGAGUUCCAUAACUGCCUGAUCCAGCUGUAUCUGGAGCGAGUGCAGGUCCUGAUGAAGGAGUACCUGAACUCGCUGCCCGAGGAUGAGAGCCCAGUGGCUGCUGGGAAUGAGGAGGGGGAGCUGGGGGAAUUCCGGAACAAACUCCUGAACUUCUUGGAGAUUUCCAGUAACUACGAACCAGACCGUCUCAUCAGCGACUUCCCCUUCGACGGGCUGCUGGAGGAGCGCGCCGUGCUGCUGGGCCGGAUGGGGAAACACGAGCAGGCCCUCUUCAUCUACGUGCACAUCCUGCAGAACAUCAGAAUGGCUGAGGAGUACUGCCACAAACAUUAUGACAGGCUCACCGAUGGAAAUAAAGAUGUGUAUCUGUCUCUGCUGCGGAUGUACCUUUCCCCCCCAGACGUUCACUGCCUGGGGCCAAUCAAAAUGGAGCUGUCUGAACCGCAGGCCAAUCUACAGGCAGCGCUGCAGGUCCUGGAGCUUCAUCACAGCAAACUGAACACCACCAAGGCGAUUAACCUUCUUCCCGCUAACACCCAAAUCAGGGAGAUCCGAGUUUUUCUCGAGAGCAUUCUGGAGGAGAAUGCCAAGAAGAAGAGAUUCAACCAAGUUCUCAAGAGCCUGCUGCAAGCAGAGUUUCUCAGGGUUCAGGAGGAGAGGAUUUUCCACCAGCAGGUGAAGUGCAUCGUCACAGAGGAGAAGACGUGCCGCGUGUGCAAGAAGAAGAUUGGAAACAGUGCGUUUGCCAGGUACCCGAACGGUGUGGUGGUUCAUUAUUUCUGCUGUAAGGACCGCAGCGCCUGCCCAACGGAGCUGUGAGCUUCCCCCAGCCCUGAAACUCACCGCCUGGGCGACUCAGAACCACGGAGCAAAGGGAAACUAGCCUGUUCUGAUGGGGAAAUCAGCAGUGCCUUUAAGAGCCCGGAGAUUGUAGACAGGAUAGUCGGACUCCAGGGGACUGGGUGGAUCAGGAUGUAAGGUGGGGUUUGUCGGGGUCCUAGCCAAGGCUUUGAAAUCUCUCUUAGCAUUCGGUCCCCUUAUUGUGCUGAAGAUUUGUUGUAUUUAUUUAUUUAGGGUUAUUCACCUCACAAUAGAUGUAGAAAAGGUGAACUGUAUCACUUCUAUAGUCUAGUCCACGGACUUCUAUAAAAAUGGCCUUGUCUUUGACAGUGACUGUAAAUAUUGCGGCAUUGCUAAGAGGAAACAUUACACUUUUGACUGACUAAUGUCUCUCUGAUCUCUAUGGAAAACCGCACAUUUUUUGGAUCAGUUUUACAUCAGUUUGUUGGUUUGACCACAGAAAGUGAUAAGGUACUAGGAAGCAGCAGUUUACAGUUUUAAAUCUGUAGUGAUCUUUAGCACAAUGGUAGGGGGGCCAUUGGAAGCGUUUCCAUUGCUAAUAGGCAUUGGGUUUUUAAAGCUGUGGUUAUUGCUCCAUUUUUGGGAGUCUUGAAAUGGCUGGAGGGCACAAAGACACAGUCACACUUUUCCUUGUUCCUCUUAAAAGCCAAAAGGAAACAACUUUAUAUAUGCACUUAGUACUGGGAAUGUAACAAUACACGAAAUACGAUGCAUGUCACGAUAUGAUAUGUGUAUAUCACGAUACAUGUGAUGGUCCUAAUGGGCUGCUUGUAUGAUGCCUAGUUAAAUCAAAUGAUCAUUCAGUGUUACAAGGUGAACCGUUGCAUCACUACUUAGUACCCCUUUAUUUAAAAUGCUGAGUUGUUUACAGCAUUUUUUGUUUAGUUUUUUCACAUAUGGAGGCCUGAAUUGCUAACUCAUAAAUGUUUCAGUUUUAAAGUAUUUUCAAGACCAUUCAAUUAAAAAUGAUCAGCUUCACAUGAAGGCACUGGUAAGUCAAGAAGACAAACACAGAGGCACUGAAGAAGGUGGGGGGAUUAUCUGUUUGUCUGGGUUUUUUUAAUUUGCCGUAUUUUAAAACAAACUUCUCCCUGGACGUCGGCUAAAAAGUUAAGGCUUCAUAUUGUCAAACUCAUUUGUAAUCUCUAGAUUAUGUCAAAAAGUUGCCAAUUUGGUAUGUACAGGAUGAUUCAUAAACACAACACAGGUCAGAGAUAUAUAAUGCGCUGGUUUCACAGACCCCGAUUCGCUGUAUUCAGUGUUACUCUAGGUAAGGAAGUCAGGAGUGUUGCUAAUCGGAUCUAUGAAAGCCGCUGAAAGUGUUGAUCACCGGUUUGGACCCGGCUGGAUACUUCAUGGAAGGCCUGUGCUGCAUUAAGAGCACUGCCCAUGAACACCAAGUCCACAGGAUCUUCAGCUCCAUAUGUAUUCCUGUCCGUCAUCACUGUCUACUUUUAUCCCUGGAUCCAAGCACCCUGUAGAAAUACAAAAGGAACAUUCUGGAGGAUCACAGCUGUUUUUAGUCAAACCUCCAUUUUAUCCUCCCGAGGCAAGCGGUUCUUUAUCUUCUGCAGUGCCUCGGAAAUGAAAGAUGUGUCCAUUCGUAACGCCCUCCAGCCCAAAAAUUAGAACAAUAAUCUAUAAAUGUGUAUGUCCCUCUGGCAGGUGUGACACAGACAGAGCGAGAGGGGUUUGUACAGAGGUCUAUGUAAUAUAGUCAUUAUUCUGGGAAGAUUGUAAAGAAUUCUUUAUAACUACUGUAUGUAUUCAAUGUGUGUAAAUGCCUUUAUUGAUGAUUAACAUUAUUACUGCUUCUCACAAAGCAACUGAAUAAAGUAGUGAAAAGAUCA